AUGGCUGUUGCUUGUCACGCGCUAGUCUCGACAUUCUUCCCUCCCUCACCUACUCCCAUCCCCGCUCCCUUCCUCCCUCUUCCUCCCUCCCUCCCUGUCUUCUUCUCCCCAACCCUUUCGGUGUAUCCCUCGUUCCAACGUUUCUCAUAUCCGUUACUUCCCUUCCCCCCACUCCGCAUCCCUCCCCACCCCCAGGCGGCCCAGAUUCAGAGGCUACAGGCACCCGCGGAGGGGGAAGGUGGGGGCGCACCAGGGGGGGAAGGGACGGACGCAGGUGGGGGGAAAGGAGCGGGCGCACCAGAGAGUGGGGGAGGAGGGGCAGGUUUGGGGAAUGGUGUUGCUGGGAAGAAAGUGGCGAGUGCAGGGGAGGAUGCAUUGGUUAAGCGGGGAGGGGGAGGAGGAGGAGGGGUAGGAGGAGUUACAACUGGAGAUGGAUCACCCAUGAGACCAUCCCCCAGCCAAUCGGAAGUCACUAUCAUGGCUCUUUGCCGAUUGGUCGUCCGUGCUGCCCUGAAAUCAAAUCUUUCGCUCACUUUGAUCGAAAAAGAUUUCCCCUCCAUGCAUCAGAUGCCCCUGCUGCAGCUGCUCGUGCUGCUGGACGAUCCGAGCCGUCGCAUCGUCCGGCGGUGCAAUCUGCACCGUUGGUUCUUGCGAGCUUGUUUGGACUGCCCGGGAGGGGGUGCAAAAAUUUUGGGCGGCGAAGGAGGAGAGGGAGAGUCAGGUGGCUUGAAAGGGGGAAUUGGGGGAGGUGAUGCAGGUGGGAGGUAUGGUGCUGGGGGGUUGGGAGGGGUGGGAAUGGGUGGAGGUGGAUUGGGAAGAGGAGGAGGACAGGGGGGUUGGGGAGGAGGAAUAGGAAAUGGGGGAGCGAGAGGGUUUGGUUCUGGAAACGCUGGUGGUAGUGGUGGUGUGGGUGGUGUGGGGGGAGGUAUGGGUCCUGGUAUUGGUGGGGGUAUGGGUGGAGUGGGGGGAAUGGGGGGUACGAAGAACACAGGGGCGAAUGGGAAGAGUAGUGUGGAUGUGAGGAGGAUUGCCCCGUUGCUCUGCCCUUCUGCUUCGGCGGCAGAGUUAGAUGCUUGGCUCGGGCUAGCAGACGAAGGAGGCUCGGUGGAGUUCCUAAUUAGGGUUUCGGGGUUUGGGAAGAAAGCAGGGGAGGAAGGAGGAGAGGCAGGAGAAGAGGAGGGAGGAGAGGAGGGAGGAGAGGAGGGAGGAGAGGAGGGAGGAGAGGAGGGAGGAGAGGAGGGAGGAGAGGCAGGGGAAGGGGAGGGAGGAGGGGAUGAAGGAGGGGAGAGAGGAGGGGAAGGAGAAGAUGUGCAAGGGGAGCAAGGGAUAGCGGAGCAAGAGGUCCAAGCAGGAGAGAGGAAAGUGAGUGGGCCUGAUAGGGGAGGCGGCACUGGAGGAGCAGCAACAGCAGGGGAAGGAGAAGAGAAAGGACAAGAGAAAGGAGAAGAGAAAGGAGAAGAGAAAGGAGAAGAGAAAGGAGAAGAGGAAGGAGAAGGGGAAGGAGAAGAGAAAGGAGAAGAGAAAGGAGAAGAGAAAGAAGAAGGAGAAGAGAAAGGACAGGACGGAGGGGUUUUGAGUGGGGGAAAAGAGGGGGAUGGGAAGGAGGGGGCUGCCGUGCUAGGGGCAGGGGCAGGGGCAGUGGCAGGGGCAGGGGCAGGGGCAGGGGCAGUGGCAGGGGCAGGGGCAGGGGCAGGGGCAGGGGCAGGGGCAGGGGCAGGGGCAGGGGCAGUGGAAGGGGAAGGGGAAGGGCCAGGGGCAGUGGAAGGGGAAGGGCCAGGGGAGGAAGCAGUUGGGGUUGAAGUGAAAGCAGAGGAAUGCACAACGACAGGUGUGAAGGACCAUUCUUCUGGUUCUCCUCCUCCUCUUGCUCCCACCGGCGCCACUGCUGCUCCUGCUGUUCCUACUGCUGCUGCUGCUGCUGGUGGUGCUGCCGCUGCUGCUGCUGCUGCUGCUGCUGCUGCUGCUGCUGCUGCCAGUCUUCCUCACGCCCCGUCCACUCCUGAGGCUGUCCCCGUUUUGCCUCCCCGGUUGCAGCAGCUGGUGUGGUUCGACCUGGGGGAGUAUCAGUUUGCAAGGGGGGGUAUUUGGGAAGCAGCCCGGUUGUUUGCCGCGUGCGAGGCUGGAGCGAGGAAGGAGGGUGAGAGGGAGCGGGUGGGGGAGGGGGAGCGGCAUGGGAAUGGGGAUGGGGAUGGGGAUGGGGAUGUGCAUGGGAAGGGGGAAGGGGGCCGGUUGGAAAGGGAAGAGGGCGAGGGUGAGGGGGAAAUGAAUGGUUUGGGAAAGGGUGAUGGGGAUGGGGAUAGGGAGGAGGCGAUGGGAAUGGAGGGAGAGGAUGUUGUGAAGGCGAGUUAUUGUGAGGAGUCUCAGGAGAGGAAGAUGAGAAGCAAAGACGAGAAAGCGGAGGAGGAUUUGGAGAUGAAAGAGGGUGAGAGCGAGGGGGAGGGAGAGGGGGAGGGAGAGGGGGAGAGGCGGGGAGAAGGGGAGUCAGCAAAGGGGCAGAGACCUGUAAGAGUGGCUAGUACAGGAGGCAAAGUGGAGGCAGAGGAGGAGCGAAAGGUGGAAAGAGUAGAGGCAGGGGUGGGAGUGGUAAGUGCAGAGGGGAAGCGCGGGGAAGGAGGGUUGGAUGUUGGUGCAGGAGAUGGGCUGGGGCUUGUAGAAAGCGGGGGAAAAGGAGGAGAGGGAGGAGGAGGAGAAGGAGGAAAAAGGGGGGAGAGGGUAGGGCUUGUGAGUGUGGAGGAGGAGAGUGAAGGGGAGGAGGAUGUGGGAUUUGCUCUGCCCUUGAAUGCUGCUGCUCAAUGUGAGCUGCUGAGGAAGCAGAUUUGUGAAGCAGCUGCUGCUCGGGCUACUCGUGCUGCUGCCGCUGGUGGUGCUGGCGCUGCUGCUGCUACUGCUGCCGCUGGUGGUGCUGGCGCUGCUGCUGCUGCUGCUGCUGCUGCUGCUGCUGGUGCUGGCGCUGCUGCUGCUUCUGCUGCUGCUGCUGCUGCUGCUGCUGCUGCUGCUGCUGCUGCUGCUGCUGGUGCUGGCACUGCCGCUGCUUCAGCAGAAGCUAGAGAAGAUAAAGCAAGUGGGGGUGUUGGGGUAGACGAGCAGGUGCAGCAGAGGAAACGCAAGAGACAGAGAGGUGGCUCUGAUUGGAAUGAAGGACCACGCUCAAAGGAAGACACCACAGGGGGACAGGGGCAGGACGAGCAGCAGCAGCAGCAGCAGCAGGAGGAGGAGGAGGAGGAGGAGGAGGAGGAGGAGGAGGAGGAGGAGGAGGAGGAGGAGGAGGAGGAGGAGGAGGAGGAGGAGGAGGAGGAGGAGGAGGAGGGGGGGGAAGGGGAGGAGGAAAAGAGGAAGCUGGAGGAGGCAGAUAAAGAGGGGAGGAGGAAGGAGAAGCGACAGAAGCACAGUGAGCUUCAUAGCCCAAGUGAACAGCCAGGAGACGAGGCUGGCUGUUCUGGUGGUCGGCACGAUGAUGGGGAAAACGGUGCAGCAGUCAAUGGCGUGGCCAGGAGGGGAAGGGACAGGGGCGGAGGAAGGGGCGGAGACGAGGAGUUAGUGGUGGUGGUGGUGGAGGGAGAGAGAGCCAUGGUGAUAGGAGAGAGAGCAGCGGCGCUUGCAGCGUUUGUGAGCUGUCUGGUUGGCGAAGCAUGGGCGUGGGGCCUUGCUGGGCGAGUCAGGGGGCUGAAAAGGCGGAUAGAGGAGGUGUGGAGGGGCGGGUGGGGUGGGUUGGGUGAUGUUCAAAGCAGGGAGAGCAGGGAGGGCAGUGAGGGCAGGGAGGGCAGGAGGGGAAUAGAGGGGGCUGGGGAGGAUUGGGAUUGUGGAGAGGAUGAGGGUGAUUGGGUUGUUGGUGGCAGUGCGAUAAGGGAGGACGAGGAGGAGAAAGAGGCGGAAGACGAGGAAGAAGAAGAGGAAGGAAAGGAAGGAUGGGCGGAGGAAGGAAAGAGGUCCACGUGGAGAAACACGGGAGAACGGUGGUCUAGAAGCAGACAUGUGGCAGGGAGGGGCAUGCAAGCCGAGGCACGGGAUAGGUUGAUGGUGAGGGAGCGAAACAGGAGCCUCGGGAGGUUGUGUGGGGAUCUCCCUGCGUUGGCUGUGGAAAUGGGAGCUCUUGGUCGUGUUGCAGCUCUGGAGAGAGUGGUUGGAGUGAUGCUGGUGGAGCAUGAGGAGGGGGAGGUGAGGGGUCGGAAGGGGGGAGGUGAUACUGCUGCUGCUGCUGCUGCUGCUGCUGCUGCUGCUGCUGGUGCAGCAUUUGAUGCUGAUGCUGAUGCUGAUGAUGCAAGUGGGGAGGAGAGGCGGAGAGGGAGCAAGGGCGUGUGGGCUGGUGGCGAUGUGCAGAAGAGUCGGCAGUUGGUGAGAUUGAUGGAGCGGAUGGGGAAGGCGCUGAUACAGGAAUGGCUGGUGGAGGGAGAGAGAGAGGGAAAAGCUGCUUCUGGUGAUGCUGGUGGUGGUGCUGGUGCUGGUGGUGAUGGUGGUGGUCCGGCUGUAGAGGAGCCUGCAGAGGCCUAUUGGGGCGGCGAUGUGGGCAGUCAGGUUAUGCUGUGGGCCAUGGGGAGCAGACUGGGAGGAGGGGCGGAAAGGACGCCCGGAGGCGGAGAGUGCAGGGAAGGGGAUGGCGGGGGCGGUGGGACGGAUUUGGUUGAUGGAAUGGUGGAUGGAGGAGGGGUGGUGGUGACAUUGCCAGUGGUUGCUGCUGCUGGUGGUGCGGGUGCUGAUACUGAUGCUGGUGGUGGUGAUGGUGAUGGUGCUGGUGAUGUUGAUAUGAAAGAAAACGAAUCGUUGAGCGAGCAAGAGCAAGUUCAAGAGAAUCAGAAGCAGAUGCAGGAGCAGCAGCAGGCACAGCCGCAGCAACUGCAGCAGCAGCAGCAGGAGCAGCAGCAAGGCAGCCGUGGCUUGUCUGGGGACUCCAAUAGGUGGUCUAGGGAUCCUCACACGUGGCCUCACCUCUCUUCCCCAUGUGUUGCACCCGAUGCUGCUGAGCUGGCUCUUGCGCUCCUGACCAAUCAGCAGCGGUGGGGCGAUGCGCUGGCACUCUGUGAUUGGCUGGAGGGCGUUGUGAGGCGAGUGGAGGAUGGAGGGGGAGGGAAAGAUGGGAGGCUGGUGGUAGGGGUUGGUGAGGCUGAGCGAGUGUCACCUGCAGCAGCAGCAGCAGCAGGAGCAGCAGAGGUAGGAGCAGCAGCAGCAGCAGCAACAGCAGCAGAGGCAGCAGCAGCAGGAGUGGCACAAGCAGCAGCGGCAGCAGAGGCAGGAGCAGUGAUGGGAAAGGACGAAGGAGAAAGCAGGAUGGAAGGCAGGGUACAUGGUAUUGGGGGAAAGAACGGAGGUGGGGAAGGGAAGGGAGGCGAUGACUCUGCUACAGCAAGAGCAGCAGGAACAGCAGGAGAAGCAGGGGAGAAAGAGCUUGAGGGGGUUGCAAUGGAAGUGGAGGUAGCAGUAGCGGGGACAGGUGACUCACCUCGUGCUGCUGCUCCUGCUGCUCCCGUGGCUGCCCCUCUGAGGUUGGAGAGUGGAGGGGCGGAGACAGGAGAAGAGGGAGGGAUUAGACAGGGGGUGGAAGAAGGGGGAGAGGGGAGGAGAGAGAGGGAUAGUAAGGAGAGGGAGCGGAAGGGGUGGGAGAGGGAGUGGUGUGUGGAGGUGGGUGCAGUGGCAGGAGCAGUGGGAGAAGCUGGAGGGAAAGCGGGCGGGGAACUGGGUAGGCAGCAGCUGGCGCAGGAAGGUCCGAUGAGUCUGGUAGCUUCCCACAUACCAGCAGCAGCGGUAACAGCAGAUGCAGCAGCAGCAGAAGUAGUAGCAGCAGAGGUAGCAGCAGCAGCAGCAGCAGCAGCAGCGCCGUCUGUCUCCGUGCCUCCCAUGGCCCAUCUCCUUCGUCGCGUGCCUCUCCUGCCACUCCUCUCCAACCAACGCUUGCUCACCCGCCUGGCCUCGCUGCUCGUGGGCUGGGGGGAGGAGGGGGGUAGUAAGAGGAAGAGGACGAGGGAGGAGAGGGAGGGGAGGAGAGAUGAGAAGGAAGGGAAGAGGGAGGAUCGGGAGGGGAGGCGUGAGGAGAAGGAGGCGAGGAGGGAGAAACGGAGGAAGGAGAAGGAGGAGAAGGAGAGGGAAAGGGAGAAAGAGAAGGGGAAGCAUAAGGAGAAAGAGAAAGAUAGGGAGAAGGAGAAGGAGAAGGAGAGGGAAGAGAAGGGACAGGGUAGGGAGAAAGAAAGGCAUAGAGAGAAAGACAAGGUUAAGGAUAGGGACAAAGAGACAGACAAAGAGAGAGACAAAGAGAGGGAUAAAGAGAGGGAUAAAGAGAGGGACAAGGAGAGGGAUAGAGAAAAGGAAAGGGACAAGGAGCGAAGCAAGUCAAAAGGGGAAAAGGGUUCCUCUUCCUCUUCCCACAGGCAUAGGCAUCACCAUCACCACCACCACUCAAGUCGCACCCACUCCUCUCCUUCACACUCUCCCUCUCAUUCUCCCUCGCAAUCUCCCUCCCACUCCCCCUCCACAUCUCCGGCUCAUGUUCCUGUGGAAGCUUCCUCCGUGCUUGUGGAAGCUUCUGCCAUGCCUGUGGAAGCUUCUGCCAUGCCAGUGGAAGCUUCUGCCAUGCCAGUGGAAGCUUCUGCGAUGCCAGUGGAAGCUUCUGCCAUGCCAGUGGAAGCUUCUGCAAUGCCUGUCGACUCUUUCCGCAACUCUUCUCUGUCAACGCAUGAUCCUACUCUCGCCCUCUCACCCUCUCAACCCCUCAACGCCUCACUCUCUCUUCCCCGCACCCUCUCACAUUUCACUCUCACCUUUCACUCUCACCUUUCACUCUCACCUUUCACUCUCACCUUUCACUCUCACCUUUCACUCUCACCUUUCACUCUCACCUUUCACUCUCACCUUUCACUCUCACCUUUCACUCUCACCUUUCACUCUCACCUUUCACUCUCACCUUUCACUCUCACCUUUCACUCUCACCUUUCACUCUCACCUUUCACUCUCAUCUUUCACUCUCACCUCUCACUCUCACCUUUCACUCUCACCCUUUCGCCCUCUCACCCUUUCACCCUCUCACCCUUUCACCCUCUCACCCUUUCACCCUCUCACACUUUCACCCUCACCCUCUCACCCUUUAACCCUCUCAACCUUUCACCCUUUCACCCUCUCACCCUUUCACUCUCUGACUCUUCCCUCCUCCCAUCUCUUGUGCUUGUGCUUGCGGGUCAGGCAGCCACUCGAGGGUUCUGGGACAACAACCCUGCAACUGCCAACGGGGGAAGCAGCAGAGGAUAUAUGAAGGGUCUCAAAAUCCCUCUCGCGCUCUCACCCUCUAAACUGCUCACGCUCUCACUCUCUCGCCCCCUCACUCUUUCACCCCCUCGUGUGACAGGCGGGCCGGCGGGCCAGUCAGCCACGCGAGGGUUCUGGGACAACAACCCUGCGACUGCCAACGGGGGCAGCAGCAGAGGAUUUUUGAGGCGUCUCAAAUGUAUUCUCGCCCUCUCACCCUCUCGACCCCUCGCCCCCUCACUCUCUCGCGCCCUCACCCCUCCCUCCUCUGUCACUCCCGUUGUGCAACAGGCGGGCCAGUCAGCCACGCGAGGGUUCUGGGACAACAACCCUGCGACUGCCAACGGGGGCAGCAGCAGAGGCAGCAUGGCACGGCAGGCAGUGCAGGCAACCAUCUCCCUCGGCCACUCCCUCCGCUCUCUCCUCCCCUCCAUGAGUGCACGUGCCAGUGCUGGCUGUGGUGGUAGCGGUGGCAGUGGUGGAGAUGGGUCUAGUGGGCUGGGUGGUGCUGGUUUGGAUAGCAGUGGUGCUGGUGUGGGGUUGGGAGCGGGAAUGGGAAUGGGGAGGGGAAGGGGAAGGGGGAGGGGGAUGGUGAUGGGGAUGGGGAUGGGGAUGGGGAUGGGUGGAGGAAUGGGAAGAGGGGCAGGCGUUGGUGGUGCUGCCACUGCCACUGCCACAGCCACUGCUACUGCCACUGCUGCUGCUGCUGCCACUGGUGGCGUUGGCAGUGGUAUUGGUGGUAGUGGUGGCAGUGGAGUGAGCAGCACCUGGAUGGAUACGCGUGCUGCUGCUGCUGCUGGUACUGUCACGCUGCCUGCCAAUAGCUCGGCUCUACCACGUGUAUUCUCACCCUGGGUGCUGCGGCGCAUGCUACUGGCUCUCAGGGCCGUGAGCGCCAAUCUACCAGCAGUCGUGCUGUGCCAGCUGCUGCCGGCGCCCUACCUGCCCCUCGCCUUCCACCUCCUGUCCUCAUCACCGCUCCUUGACUCCGCCACCACACACGCUUACAUCCAGUGCAUCUGGGAGGUGCCACUGCUGGAGCUGCUCGCCAGUCGCCUGGAAGCAGCGGGCGACACAGCCACGCUAGCACUCGUACUCUCAGUGCUUGCUCUGCCCUCCUGCAACGCCCACAACCCGCCCUUUGUGCGCCGCGCACAUGUGCGCCGCUGCUCCCUGCGCUUCUUCCGCCUGCUGGCCUCGCAGCUGGGAGCAGGAGGGGAGUUCAGGGGCUCUUCUUGGUUGACCUCCCCUUUUCCCGCAAACUUCCUGCUAAUGCUGCCAAUGUCCGCUUCCGCCUGUUCCGCCACUCUCCUCCCCGCAGCCCUCCCCCGCUGCGCCAUCCCCCGGUCCUCCGCUUCCGUGCACUCCCCCGUUCCCUCAUCAUCCAAUCGCUACCGUUCACCUCACGCUCUUAAAAAUUCCAACCGUUCCCCCGCAUUCCACGGCAACCCACUCCUUCGCCUCAACGCGCCUCGGCUACAUUUAAGAAAUCUCCGGAGCGACUCCCGUAUGUCAACCAACGGCAACGCUUCCGCUGUCGUUAAUAUCAGCGUGUCUCUUCUCUCGCCGUCGACCUCCCGCCGCCGUGCUGCGCAGUCUCCGCCUCCACUGCUUGCGGGGGCAACCGCCGUCGGCGGCGGCGGCAGAAGCGGCGGCGUGUGGGCGCGCGCGGGCGCGGAGAGGCGCGGAGGGGAGAGUGCGGAAGACGCGGGGCAGGAUACCCCUUUCCUAAGCGGAAGCGGAAGGGUGCGGCCGGGGAGUGUCGCGGCAUGCGCGGGGAACGACGGGCGGGCGCACGCGCCCGUUGACCAGGAGCGCGCGGACAAAGCGGAGAGCGGUCAGGGCGGAGGGGGAGCGGGCGCGAGCGCGGGCGCGAAAGAGGAUGGGGUAGACGCGGAGCUGGUGUGCGGAGGAGGGGGAGAGGCGGAAGAGCAUCUGUCGUCUUCUGGGCGGACGUUGGGCAAUCUGAUCAUAUCCAUCGUGGGCGCAGGCGUGUUGGGCCUGCCCUAUGCGUUCAUGCGUUCGGGCUGGCUCGUGUCGCUUGUCUCUCUCGCCGCCACGGCUGCUCUCACGCACCGCGGCAUGCACCUGCUGCUGGCCGCGCGCGCCCUGCAGGAGGACUGGGAGACGGAGCAACGACAGCAGCUGGGUGGGCUGCUGCCGCAGCAGCAGCAGACGCAGCAGCAGAAGCUGCAGCAGCAGAAGCAGAUGCAGGAGGUCAAGGUGGAGGGAGAUGGUAGAAAGGAGGGCUUGGAGCAGCAGCGGGGAGGUGGAGGAGAGACGGAUUCGCUGCUUGUCAGAGCAAGCACGGACCCAUCAACACCAACACCAGCACCGUCAGUACCAGCAGCUGCAAAACCAGCAGAUGAAACAGGGCAGGCUACUACCACCAGCAGCAGCAGCGCCAUCACCAGCAGGGCGGGGGGCAAGGUGCGGUCGUAUGGGGACCUGGGUGAGCGGGUGUACGGAGCGGUGGGGCGCGGUGCAGUGGACGCCAUGGUGCUGGUCAGCCAGGGCGGCUUCUGCGCUGUCUUCCUGGUGUUCAUGGGGCACAACGUCGCCAGUGUGCUCUGGGGCUCUACCCUCGACUCCUCCCUCGUCAUCGCGGUAAUAGGAGGGUACCGCUAUGGUGCUGGUGAGCCAGGGCGGCUUCUGCGCUGCUGUCUUCCUGGUGUUCAUGAUUCACAAUGUCUCCAGUGUGACCCUCUGGGGCUCUACGCUCGACUCUUCACUCGUCAUUGCAGUCAUUGUGUGCUCUGGUGCUCCACCCUCCGCUCCUCCCUUGUCAUCGUCACCAUCCAUGGGUUACCAGCUGCGCCAUCUCCAUCUCUACCUCUGUACGCAUGCCCCCCCCCACCACCCAUACCAUACUCCCACCACCCAUACCAUACUCCCACCACCCAUACCAUACUCCCACCACCCAUACCAUACUCCCACCACCCAUACCAUACUCCCACCACCCAUACCAUACUCCCACCACCCAUCCUCCCACCACCCAUCCUCCCACCACCCAUCCUCCCACCACCCAUCCUCCCACCACCCAUCCUCCCACCACCCAUCCUCCCACCACCCAUCUUCCCACCACCCAUCCUCCCACCACCCAUCCUCCCACCACCCAUCCUCCCACCCCCCAUCCUCCCACCACCCAUCCUCCCACCACCCAUCCUCCCACCACCCAUCCUCCCACCACCCAUCCUCCCACCACCCAUCCUCCCACCACCCAUCCUCCCACCACCCAUCCUCCCACCACCCAUCCUCCCACCACCCGUCCUCCCACCACCCAUCCUCCCACCACCCAUCCUCCCACCACCCAUCUUCCCACCACCCAUCCUCCCACCACCCAUCCUCCCACCACCCAUCCUCCCACCACCCAUCUUCCCACCACCCAUCCUCCCACCACCCAUCUUCCCACCACCCAUCCUCCCACCACCCAUCCUCCACCACCCAUCCUCCCACCACCCAUCUUCCCACCACCCAUCCUCCCAUCACCCAUCUUCCCACCACCCAUCUUCCCACCACCCAUCCUCCCACCACCCAUCCUCCCACCACCCAUCUUCCCACCACCCAUCCUCCACACCCCAUCCUCCCACCAACCCAUCCCUCCCACCACCCCAUCCUCCCACCACCCAUCCUCCCACCACCCAUCCUCCACCACCCAUCCUCCCACCACCCAUCCUCCCACCACCCAUCCUCCCACCACCCAUCCUCCCACCACCCAUCCUCCCACCACCCAUCCUCCCACCACCCAUCUUCCCACCACCCAUCCUCCCACCACCCAUCCUCCCACCACCCAUCCUCCCACCACCCAUCCUCCCACCACCCAUCCUCCCACCACCCAUCCUCCCACCACCCAUCCUCCCACCACCCAUCCUCCCACCACCCAUCCUCCCACCACCCAUCUCCCACCACCCAUCCUCCCACCACCCAUCCUCCCACCACCCAUCCUCCCACCACCCAUCCUCCCACCACCCAUCCUCCCACCACCCAUCCUCCCACCACCCAUCCUCCCACCACCCAUCCUCCCACCACCCAUCCUCCCACCACCCAUCCUCCCACCACCCAUCCUCCCCAUCCCACCGCCCAUCCUCCCACCACCCAUCCUCCCACCACCCAUCCUCCCACCACCCAUCUUCCCACCACCCAUCCUCCCACCACCCAUCUCCCACCCAUCUCCCACCACCCAUCCUCCCACCACCCAUCCUCCCACCACCCAUCCUCCCACCACCCAUCCUCCCACCACCCAUCCUCCCACCACCCAUCCUCCCACCACCCAUCCUCCCACCACCCAUCCUCCCACCACCCAUCCUCCCACCACCCAUCCUCCCACCACCCAUCCUCCCACCACCCAUCCUCCACCACCCAUCCUCCCACCACCCAUCCUCCCACCACCCAUCCUCCCACCACCCAUCCUCCCACCACCCAUCCUCCCACCACCCAUCCUCCCACCACCCAUCCUCCCACCACCCAUCCUCCCACCACCCAUCCUCCCACCACCCAUCCUCCCACCACCCAUCCUCCCACCACCCAUCUCCCACCACCCAUCCUCCCACCACCCAUCCUCCACCACCCAUCCUCCCACCACCCAUCCUCCCACCACCCAUCCUCCCACCACCCAUCCUCCCACCACCCAUCCUCCCACCACCCAUCCUCCCACCACCCAUCCUCCCACCACCCAUCCUCCCACCACCCAUCCUCCCACCACCCAUCCUCCCACCACCCAUCCUCCCACCACCCAUCCUCCCACCACCCAUCCUCCCACCACCCAUCCUCCCACCACCCAUCCUCCCACCACCCAUCCUCCCACCACCCAUCCUCCCACCCCCAUCCUCCCACCCCCAUCCUCCACCCCCAUCCUCCCACCACCCAUCCUCCCACCACCCAUCCUCCCACCACCCAUCCUCCCACCACCCAUCCUCCCACCACCCAUCCUCCCACCACCCAUCCUCCCACCACCCAUCCUCCCACCACCCAUCCUCCCACCACCCAUCCUCCCACCACCCAUCCUCCCACCACCCAUCCUCCCACCACCCAUCCUCCACCACCCAUCCUCCCACCACCCAUCCUCCCACCACCCAUCCUCCCACCACCCAUCCUCCCACCACCCAUCCUCCCACCCCCCAUCCUCCCACCACCCAUCCUCCCACCACCCAUCCUCCCACCCCCCAUCCUCCCACCACCCAUCCUCCCACCACCCAUCCUCCCACCACCCAUCCUCCCACCCCCCAUCCUCCCACCCCCCAUCCUCCCACCACCCAUCCUCCCACCCCCCAUCCUCCCACCCCCCAUCCUCCCACCCCCCAUCCUCCCACCCCCCAUCCUCCCACCACCCAUCCUCCCACCCCCCAUCCUCCCACCCCCCAUCCUCCCACCACCCAUCCUCCCACCCCCCAUCCUCCCACCCCCCAUCCUCCCACCCCCCAUCCUCCCACCCCCCAUCCUCCCACCACCCAUCCUCCCACCACCCAUCUUUCCACCAGCCCCUUUCCAGAUCAUGCUGUCGUGGCUGCCGUCCCUCACCCAACUCGCUCCUUUCAGCAUAUUUGCCAACUGUGUCAACCUCUGUGCUUCUCCCUCGUAAUCUACCACGGCCUCCAUUCCUUCCAAGGCCUCGACUCCCUCUCCGCCUUCACAACCCUCCCUGUUUCCCCUCUUCUUUUCUCUCCACCCCUCCCCACCUCUCUCCACCCCUUCCCACCACCCAGCAUAUUUGCCAGCUGUGUCAACCUCUGCGCCUUCUCCCUCGUAAUCUACCACGGCCUCCAUUCCUUCCAAGGCCUCGACUCCCUCACCGCCUUCACAACCCUUCCUGUUUCCCCUCUUCCUCCCUCCCCACCCGCCCCCAUCCCUCCCCAACCCAUCCCCACCCCUCUCCACCCCUUCCCACCACCCAGCAUCAUAUUCGCCAACUGCGUCAACCUCUGUGCCUUCUCCCUCGUCAUCUACCACGGCCUCCAUUCCUUCCAAGGCCUCGACUCUCUCUCCGCCUUCACAACCCUCCACUUCCUGUUUCCCCUCUUCUUUCCCCGCACCCAUUUCCACCCCCUGCGAUCCCCCCCAAUCCCUCCCCACCCCUCUCCAUCCAGCAUAUUUGCCAACUGUGUCAACCUCUGUGCCUUCUCCCUAGUCAUCUACCACGGCCUCCAUUCCUUCCAAGGCCUCGACUCCCUCUCCGCCUUCACAACCCUCCAAGAUGCACCCUUUGCCUUUGGCGUGGCCACCUACGCACUCAACGGCGCAGGCAUGACUCUCUCAGUCGAAUCCUCCAUGCGUAACCGCACACAGUUCCCCGCCGUACUCGCUACAGGCCUCUCCAUCAUCUCGGUAUUAUACGCCGCCGUCGGCACGGCCGGGUAUUUCGGGUUCGGGAACGAGACGAAGGAGAUUGUGACGCUGAAUUUGCCGCCCGGGUGGCAGAGCGUGGCAGUGAAGCUCGGCGUGUGUGUCGCUCUGUUCUUCACUUUCCCAGUCAUGAUGACUCCAGUGCAUGAAAUGGCAGAGAGGUAUAUCUCCUCCUCUCGAGACAUAUACGAUAGCUUCCUCUCCCCCUCCGUUGCUCCCUCCCGCCGCCGGUUCUUCAUCUGCUUCGUCCGCUCCCUAACCGUUCUUUUCAUUGUGCUGCUAUCGGUGUCGGUGCCACAUAUUGGCGCGUUCAUCUCCCUUAUAGGCUGCAGCGUUUGCUCUGCAUUAGGGUUUGUCGUUCCUGCACUGUUUCACAUGAAGGCUGCUAGAGGGAAGUUGGAGACUUCUGCAGUGGCGGUAGAUUGGUUCCUGGUAGGGUUUGGUGUAGUGUUCGGGGUAUGGGGCACCUGGAAUGCGCUGCAGCAAAUGCUUGUUUGA